UAUAUUUCUUAGUGAAGGUUGCAGUGCCGAUAAAUAUUGGUGUGGGGGGAAAGAAUGGGAUUGUUACAACGAGGCUGAAUAUUGCAACGCGUAUAAUGAUUGUGCAAGUGGUGGCGAUGAAAAGAAUUGCAAUUCUUGCACCAAGGGAGCGUUCCUGUGUCCGAUAUCCAGGAUUUGUAUUUACGAUCGAUGGAAAUGCGAUAAUGAGUUUGAUUGUCACGGAGAUGAUUAUUCAGAUGAACUUGGUUGCGAAUACACUGCAACGCGGCGAGUGCUCACUGCUGCCAUCGUGGGUUCGUUAGUUUGUGGGUUGUUGCUUGCUGUUGUGCUUGGUUGCACGUGUAAACUAUAUACACUACGUAUGUCAUCAAGGAAUCGAAUGAACCGAGAUAACCCGUAUUUACAAACUCCGCUGGGAAGGAUAGCCAGGGAACUUCUCCAGCGCGAAGCCCCCCCUUCGUAUAACAUGGCAGUGGAAGGGGUGGAACACGAGGUUCAUGAGUCGUCACGAAGGUCGUCAUCACGAUCGGGGAGGAGACGAAGUAGAAGGAGACGACAUCGGAACAGAGAACCUUCAAUAAGGAGGGCUCAGCCAAGUGAAGCAAGGGAAGAGAGAAACAAUCGUGAAGACAGCAACCUUAUCAGUGGUUCACCCAGCGAUGAAUCCACCCACGCACGGGGUAUCGACGAACCCCAACCCCCGAUGACCAACAUACUACGUUCACUGGGUUUGGGUGAAACAUCAGACGCUGGUCCAUCAACGUGUAGACCAAGGGAUGUUGCUUCCACUUCACGAUCCCGUAAAGAUCCCGAACAAGCGGGUCCUCUCCCAAGUAAGAAGAAGAUCGCCCCUGUGAUGGUGGGGGCUCCGUGUGGGGGGGAGAUGACUGCGGAUAUCGCUGGGUGCGUUUACCCCAACCCCCCAACAUACAGGGAGGCAGUGGGGGGUGAAGAGGUUGAGGUCCUCGCUCCUCCUGUGGUGGAGGAUGAUCAUGUGGGUGUUGUGGAGGACGCGGGGAGGAGGAGGUUCUGGAGGAAUGGAAACUUUUGGCGAUCUCCGUUAAGUUACUUUCGUACGUCGCGUACGUUUCAACAACUCCAUGAUAACGAUUCCACGAGCAUGGAGAGUAUGAGGGUUGAUAUGGUAAGUUUGGGUGGAAACGAACAAUCAACGUCGGGUGCAACCCAACCCCAUGCCACCCCCAGCAACCCCCCUAACCCCGCCUCACCCACAGAGGUGUGGACGAGUCCCGUCCAAAUCAACAUUCCACAACUAAGGGUGGAAGGAUCCGAACAACUGUUAACACUAAACAUAUCGGGCUCGAUACCCGAACGCACUUAGUCAACUUUUCAUUUAUUUUAUCAUUGUUUUCGUAGCGAAGUUUCUUACACCACGUUUGUACACCAUCUGUAUGAAACUACCAACUUAGAGUGUAUGAACCAGUGACCGAGUGUUACGUUUAUUCACGCUUACUCAACUUAGAAUAUUUAAUUCUGCAACCGAUAUUAACAAACUAAAUAUUUACCACCGUUAAAAAAGUUUGGUAUGAAUUAAUCCAUCCAUCUAUUUAUAAUAUAGGCUUUAUAUUUGUUUCGAACUUCGUUUCAAAAUUAAAUUUCAGUCACUGUUUAAACUCGUAGGUAAAACUGAAAUUAGAAUAUUCAAUGUUAAAAAUCUGAAAACGUGGAUUGAACAUCCGGCCAAUGUUACUUAACAUAUUUUCUUAAGUUGGUAAAUUCAGGGGAUUUGGUGGAUUUUAUGUUUAAGCUCAUAUGCGACAUCUAGCGGACAGUAUUUUAUAAAAUAAUGAACUUUUAUUCCUCACCACCAAUAUCUGUAACUACGUUUCUUACUUCGCACAAACCAACGGUUACUUAUACAAACUUGCGUGUUGUUCGUGCAAUACACAACAAAUAAAAUGAUGUCGUCCGGUUUCAC